AUGGAGCAGCAAAAGACGACGAGGAUUGUGAAGGAUUGUGAAGUGGAAGUCCGACCAGAACUCAAGCGGAAACCCAUAAGAGAAUCUCCUCCAAACGUCCCAAGAAAAAGGCCAAUGCGUUCUUGUUCUGCUGCUGCUGUUGAGGAAAAGCCUACUGUGCCUUUUCCAAAGCUUAUGCCAUUUUGGGAGAAAUAUGAAACGACGAGGAUGAUUAUGAAGGAUUGUGAAGUUGAAGUCUCUUCGGAAGAGGAAGGAUUCGAAGGGGCGUGGUUCAGAGCUAUUAUUCUAGAGGAUAGCCCAAGAAGGAUUUCAGGAAAGAAGAUACUUCGCGUUAGGUACUUAACUUUGCUUGAAUCGGACGGUUCGUCUCCUCUAUUCGAACACUUGGAACAGAGGUUCAUCCGACCUAUCCCUCCUCCGGAGGAGAAUCAAGACAAAGGGGUCGUUUUGGAGAAAGGGACGGUUGUGGAUGCUGACCACAAAGACGGGUGGUGGACUGGUGUGGUCGUUAAGAAACUGGAAGAUGACAACUAUCUUGUCUAUUUUGACUUACCACCUGACAUUAUACAGUUCCAGAGGAAGGAUUUGCGACGUCAUCUUGAUUGGAAUGGUUCCAGCUGGGUCCGACCAGAAAUCAAGGAAUUGGAUAAGUCCUCCGGGACAAUGGUGGAAGUUAAUUCUGCCGAAGAUGCUAUGUUGUGGUUCACUGCAAUGAUAAUCAAAGAGACUGGUGUGGAUGAUAAGAAGAGAUUCAUUGUGAAGGAAUGGAAUAGGUACCGGAGGAGCUGCGAUGGUGAUGAGGGGAGACCAAACAUGACCGUUGAUUCGUGCCGUGUUAGACCCAUACCGCCUCCUUCUUCGGUUGACACGUACUCGUUGUUGGAUUCUGUCGAGGCGUUUUCUGGUUCGGGAUGGCAUAAAGGGCUGGUGAGAGUAAUUUACGGUGACAAACGUUACACGGUUAAGUUAGAGGCUAGAAAGAUGGAAACUGUAUUUGAACACUCGGAUCUUAGGCCUUUCAUGACGUGGGAAGGUGGAGUGCCUCAGGAGGAGAAUAGCAAAGAUAACAACAGAAAAAGGAAACUAGAAGAAACACACAACUCAUGCCAUGUUGAUGAUAUUGUUGAUGUGCCUCUCUCUGCGUGGAUAAAUACACCUCCACCUACAGAUGUAUCCUUAGAUCAAGUCCCAAACGUCCUAAGAAAAAAGCCAAUGCUUUCUUGUUCUGGUGCUAAGGCAUUGACCCCUAAAAUGGCCACAAAGCCUCUGAGAAAUUCCCAGAAUCCUGAGGACAUUGGUAUGACAGUCACUGAAGCUGAAAACGCCACUGGAGAUUCGGGAAAGAAGGGAGCUGAUGCUGUGAUGAUGAAUGAUAAAACUCCUCCAAUUGUAACGCAGCAAGUAACAUCAAUAGAUGUAUCCUUAGAUCAAGUCCCAAAUGUAGUACAUAAUUCUGCUGGUGAUGUUGAGGAAACUCCAUCAAAGCUUAUGCCAUUUUGGGAUAAAUAUGAAACAGAGGAGGUAUACAAAACAUUACCACAGAAUCCUCAUUUCAGCCGUUUAGUCGAGCCUAUAGAAGAUGCCCAGGACCGGGAAAUGUUAGCUGUUAGUAUGAUAUCGACUUUCGACUGGUUGGUAAAAGAAGUCAGAGAUCUGCCGCCCAAUGUUUCUUCAAGUAAACUAAGGAGCAUCAUAAGUUGUUUUGCCAAUUUAGAGAUGUAUGGUUUCGACGUUGGAACCCCUCAAUCAAGGAUUGACAAAGUGUUGUCUCUCCAAGAUGAGCGAGCAAAGAAAGUGGAGGACAGAAAAUCUCUCGACAAGAAGAUUGAAGCUCAAUAGACCGAAAGACGCAUAUUUGAAGAAGAAAAGGUUGAGUUUCAGAGACAAGAAGCGCUUGCCAAAGAGAAGAAGGAAGCUGUGAUAGAGAAGAUGGGAGCUGCGGACAAAAUGAUUGAUGAAAUGAAAUCUUGUGCGGUAACAAUUGAUCAAGAGAUUGCAGAUGUGGAGCUGGAGAUUAGAACAUCUAUGUUGGCUCCAUGGUAAUAAGUUAGGAAACAACAUGUAAAUGAAGUAGA